AUGGCAGAAUCAUCGCCUCAGCCUUCAAAUACGCCCUCGCGGUCAUUUCGCUCUUUCAUCUGGGACACGGAUACGCACCUGAAGAGUCAUGAGGAGCGGGUAUUGCUUCGCAAGUUGGAUUGGUCAAUCUUGACCAUAGGAUGCUUAGGUUUCUUCAUGAAGUAUCUCGACCAGGGAAACCUCGCAAACGCCUACGUCUCAGGAAUGCAGGAGGACCUCAAGAUGUUUGCCAAUGAGUAUACGUAUGCUCAAAUGGUUUACACCUGCGCCUAUGCUGUGAUGCAAAUUCCAAGUACUUUAAUUGUUCAGAAGAUUAGGCCGAGCAUCUGGUUGGCCGCAAUGGAAGUCGGAUGGGGUAGUUAG